AUGACUCCCAGAUCCCUGAUCGCCGCUCCAUCUGUGAUGACGUCAUCCGCAUCGUCGCUUACGUCACAUCUGUUAUCUCCGCCGUCGCUUUCGUCGCCGCCUUUGUCGUCAACGUCCGCUCGUAGCUGGCUGCUGGCUGCCGGCGCCUCAUUCUCAUUGGUCGCCGCGUUUUCCGGGAUGGCAACGGUGGCGGCGAAGGAGCGGCCCGAGGUGGAUCUGGGUCGCGACACGGAGGUGGUGCUGUACCAGUACGAGGCGUGCCCGUUCUGCAAUAAGGUCAAAGCCUUCCUGGACUACUACGACAUCCCAUACCGCGUGGUGGAGGUGAACCCGGUGGGAAAGAAGGAGCUCAAGUGGUCGCCCUACAAGAAGGUCCCCGUGCUCGUCGUCAACGGCGAGUCGCUCGUCGACUCCUCAGCCAUCAUAUCAGAGCUGCACCGCCGCCUGAACCCCUCCAAGGCCACCAACAUCCCUGCCGCCACCCCUGCUGCUUCCGCCGCCGCGUCCGCCGCGGCGGCUUCCGCGCCUGGCGCGUAUGCCAGCGCCAUCGGCGGCGGGAGUGGCAGCAACGCGGGCGGGACUAGCAGCAGCGGGGGCGGUGGUGUGGCGGAGGGUGUGGCGGAGGUUGUGGGGCACGUGGGCGAGCGGGGCGUGGCGGAGGGACAGGCGGAGGAGGAGCUGGACGAGGAAACCCGAUGGCGCAGGUGGGUGGACGGGCACUUGGUGCAUCUGCUCUCGCCCAACAUCUACCGCUCGCCCUCUGAAGCACUAGAGGCAUUUGACUACAUUGCCACCAAUGGCAACUUCACGGCAUGGGAGCGCAUGAUGGCUCGCUACUUUGGAGCGGGCGCCAUGUAUGUGAUCGGGAAGAAGCUCAAGAAGAAGCACGGCAUAGCAGACGAGCGCGCCGACCUCUACAAGGCGGCUGAUGAGUGGGUGGCGGCUCUCGGCGACAGGAAGUUCCUUGUGCUCUGUUCUAUCCUUCCCCCACCUCCUCCCCCCCUUCCCCCCCACCUCUUCCCACCCUCCAUUUUCUGUUUGUUUCUUCUUUUGUUUGGUUCCGUGCCAACAGGAGGAGAGACCCCGAACCUCGCUGACCUGGCGGUGUUUGGAGUGCUGCGGCCAAUCAGGCACCUGACAGCUGGCAGGGACAUGGUGGCGAAUUCGAGCAUAGGGCCAUGGUACGAGCGCAUGGAGGAGCACGUGGGGGCUUCUGCCAGGAUCACCGCUGUUGAAGGUGCUGCUGUGGGCAAGGUCACGGUGCUGCUGCAGAGCAGUAGGGGUCCAGGUGCCCGAGGGCAAGACAGGCUAGAGGGUUCGAGCUUGGGGGGGGACGUGGCAGGACCAGAUGAAGAUGGUGGCGGUCCCUGCUGUUGGAAGAAGCAGGUAGGGGUGGAGGUGCGCUGCAGAGGUGAAGGCUCUGCUGCUUUGACGGUGGAUGGUCGUGUAGCGGCGAUUGCCGUGAGUUGA